AUGGUGGGUGGCGGCGGGGUGGGAGGCGGCCUUUUGGAGAACGCUAACCCCCUUAUCUAUGAGCGCUCUGGGGAGCGGCCGGUGACCGCGGGCGAGGAGGACGAGCAGGUUCCAGACAGCAUCGACGCGCGCGAGAUCUUCGAUCUGAUUCGCUCCAUCAAUGACCCGGAGCAUCCACUGACCCUCGAAGAAUUGAAUGUAGUAGAGCAAGUCCGGGUUCAGGUGAGUGACCCCGAAAGCACGGUGGCUGUGGCCUUCACACCCACCAUUCCGCACUGCAGCAUGGCCACCCUUAUUGGCCUGUCCAUCAAAGUCAAGCUUCUUCGAUCUCUUCCCCAGCGUUUCAAGAUGGACGUGCACAUUACACCAGGGACCCAUGCCUCGGAGCAUGCAGUGAACAAGCAGCUUGCGGAUAAGGAACGGGUGGCAGCCGCCCUAGAGAAUACCCACCUGCUGGAGGUUGUGAACCAGUGCCUGUCAGCCCGCUCCUGAACCUGGCUUUUUGCCCCCAGCAACACGCAGGGCUUAUGGCCUUGUUUUCUUGAAUCACUGACAGUAAGAAACUAACAUUUUGCAUUUUGUAAUAAAUCCUUAAUUUAUAUUCA